AUGGACCACUUUGAAGGAGCAUCACAAGACGACUUUACAUUCUUGGAAUAUUCAGCAGACACACAGUCUUCUCAAUAUGAGUAUAACGACUUUACUCAAACUCAAAAGGAAACAGAGAUCGACCUUCCGAUUUCCUCUCUUUCGUUAAAAGACGAAAGAGAAAACGCAGUUGCUAAUGGUACAACUUCUUUUGUCAACGAUUUUCAGUUUGAAGACACCGAUGACUUUGGAGAAUUAGCCAAUACUGUAGAAGAAAAAGAUUUACCUCCCCAUGCCUGCAAGUACUGCGGCAUACACUCACCUGCUUCAGUUGUCAAAUGUGUUACCUGUGAUCGAUGGUUUUGUAAUUCAAGAGGAAAUACUUCUGGUUCUCACAUCAUUAAUCAUUUGGUUCGUGCAAAACAUAAAGAAGUCGCUCUUCAUCCCGAAUCUCCCUUGGGUGAUACUAUUUUGGAAUGCUACAACUGUGGUUGUCGUAAUGUCUUCUUGUUGGGCUUCAUUCCCGCCAAGAGUGAUACAGUUGUCGUUCUUAUCUGCAGACAACCAUGCGCAGCUAUGCCUUCAUCAAAGGAUAUGAAUUGGGAUACGACACAGUGGAUGCCUUUGAUUGAUGAUAGAUGUUUCUUGACCUGGUUAGUCAAGAUACCUUCUGAUCAAGAGCAACUUCGUGCUCGUCAGAUCACAUCUCAACAAAUCAACAAGCUGGAGGAAUUGUGGAAGGAGAAUAGUGAGGCCACAUUAGAGGAUUUAGAAAAACCUGGUAUUGAUGAUGAACCCCAUCCAGUUUUGCUGCGAUAUGAGGAUGCCUAUCAAUAUCAAAAUAUUUUUGGACCAUUAGUUACUAUGGAAGCUGAGUAUGAUAAGAAGCUGAAAGAAUCUCAGACUUGUGAUGAUAUUGUCGUUCGCUGGGAUGUAGGCCUUAAUCAAAAGCAUAUCGCAUGGUUCUAUUUCCCCAAAUUGGAACUGGGAGAAAUCAAGUUGGCAGUGGGCGAUGAACUUCGAUUGAGAUAUCGUGGUGAAUUACACGAACCCUGGGAAUCUACUGGUCAUGUCAUCAAGAUCCCCAACAAUAUUAGUGAUGAAGUUGCUCUCGAAAUUUCUCGUGGACUCAAUCCACCUAUUGAAUGCACCCAUAACUUCUCAGUUGACUUUGUCUGGAAAUCUACAAGUUUUGAUCGUAUGCAAAUUGCCAUGAAGAAGUUUGCUGUUGAUGAAGCAAGUGUCAGUGGUUAUAUCUACCACCGUCUUCUUGGACAUGAUGUCGAGCCUCAAGUAUUGAAGACUCAGAUGCCAAAGAGAUUUUCUGCUCCCAAUCUUCCUGAACUGAAUCACUCUCAGGUGUAUGCUGUUAAAUCAGUUCUUCAAAAACCUCUAAGCUUGAUCCAAGGCCCUCCUGGUACCGGUAAAACUGUAACCUCAGCCUCUAUUGUGUAUCAUUUAGCAAAAAUGAAUCCUGGUCAAGUCUUGGUGUGUGCACCAUCAAAUGUAGCUGUCGAUCAACUUGCUGAAAAGAUUCAUCAAACAGGCUUAAAGGUUGUGCGUGUGACCGCCAAGAGUAGAGAAGAGUUGGAUUCUCCUGUUUCAUUUUUAACGCUUCAUGAACAAGUUCAAAACAACGAUACGAAUGUUGAAUUACAAAAGCUCAUUCACUUGAAGCGUGAUCAAGGUGAAUUAAGUGCUGCCGAUGAACGAAAAUACAAUGCUUUGAAGAGGGCUUGUGAAAAGGAAAUCCUUGCCAAUGCAGACGUUAUUUGCUGUACAAGCGUAGGUGCAGGUGAUUCUCGUAUUGCCAGUCUAAGAUUCCGUACGGUAUUGAUUGAUGAAGCCACACAAGCGUCUGAACCAGAAUGUAUGAUCCCACUUGUCCUUGGUUGUAAACAAGCUGUCUUGGUAGGUGAUCAUCAGCAACUAGGACCCAUCAUUAUGAACAAGAAGGCAGCCCGUGCAGGUCUCUGUCAAUCCCUUUUCGAAAGAUUGGUCAUUCUCGGUAUUCGUCCUAUUCGUCUUCAAGUUCAGUACCGUAUGCAUCCUUGUCUUUCUGAAUUUCCCAGUAAUAUGUUUUAUGAAGGCACACUUCAAAACGGUAUUACCACACAAGAACGUAUCAGAAAAGACGUAGAUUUCCCUUGGCCUGUUCCUGAAACCCCCAUGAUGUUCUACGCCAACUUGGGUAAUGAAGAAAUCUCAACCUCUGGUACCUCUUAUUUGAACAGAACAGAGGCCUCCAACUGUGAAAAGAUUGUGACAAGGUUUAUGAAGUCUGGUGUCUUACCUUCACAGAUUGGUGUCGUCACACCGUAUGAAGGUCAACGUUCGUAUAUUGUUCAGUACAUGCAAUUCAAUGGAUCUCUAAGAAAAGAUCUCUAUAAAGAAAUUGAAGUGGCUAGUGUUGACGCUUUCCAAGGCAGAGAAAAGGAUUACAUCAUUCUCAGCUGUGUCAGAUCAAACGAGCAUCAGGGUAUUGGUUUCUUGAGUGAUCCUAGACGUUUGAACGUCGCUCUUACCCGUGCCAAAUAUGGUGUUGUUAUCCUUGGUAAUCCCAAGAUAUUGAGCAGACAUCCAUUAUGGCAUCAUUUGCUUGUUCAUUAUAAAGAAAAGGGUUGUUUGGUGGAUGGUCCGUUGAACAACCUCCGUGUAUCGAUGAUUCAAUUUAAUAGACCUAGAAAAUCUUAUCGUAAAGAUGACAAAUUCCGUCAAGGCCUUGCUCAUCAGGUCGACGCUAGAGAAGCAUUUGCUAAAGCGCCUUCGCCCAAUGACACUCGUCGUGGUGCUAAAGGAUAUGAUCAAGAUUUUAUUCAAACUCAUGACCCUGUUGGAUACAUUCCAUCAGAGCUUGGAUCACUUCCUAGCUCACAGUUUAGCAUUCCCUUUAUACCUUCUGCCAGUGGACCCUUUACGCAAGAUUUAUCACAAUCCAGUGUAUUCAAUCGUAAGAAGCAGACAGGCGAAGACAUGCUGGAGAACACUCAAAGAUACAUUCCUGGCUCAUCCACAUUUGUUAAUCAUACGUUAGCUUGGCAACAGAUGGGAGAGAGUCAAAAUAUGUAUAGCAGUCAAACCUCUAUCGGUUUAGCUCUUUCUCAAAGUGAUCGUUUGCGCAUGGAUAUGUAUCAAUAA